GCUAGGUGCUGAUGCAUUGUUUUGUUUACCCUCAAUCUUAUCACUUAUUUGGUUAUCCCGUUAUCAAUAGCAAUGUUGAAUUUAGAAUUUAGUUUAGCAAGGGAAAUACUAUAAUUUUCAGGUCCAAGCUCCAAGUGUAAACCAAACAUUCUGAAUGACAUCUGUGAAACGAUGAGUCCAAGAGUGCUCCUGUCCAAGACUUUUAAUUUGCGAAAAAAUGUCUUCAAUUCGUUGGGACGAUUCUACUCUUCAGAUACCACAACAUUAAGUAACAGUCUAAGAGCAGAAGAGCUGAAGAGUAAAGGCCUCCUACGUGUAAGUGGACCAGAUGUCAACACGUUUCUGCAAGGAUUGAUUACCAAUGACAUCAAUCAUCUAGGAAGUGGCAAGAACAGUAUUUAUGCAGCCUUUUUAAAUAUCAAAGGAAGAAUUAUUUACGAAACAAUAAUUUACAAGACUAAAGAGGAAAAUUCAUUUUUCAUAGAAUGUGAUAGUCGCGGUAUACCAGAGUUAGAAAAACACCUGAAAGUUUUCAAAGUUCGAAAGAAAAUAGAUAUCACAAAUAUCAGUGAUGAACUGAAGAUUUGGGUGAUUUUUGAUGGAGAAAAUUUAUCUGAAGCCAGUACCUCUGUCAAAGAUGUGUCCAAUUUAGAGAAAUCGCUGCCUAAAAAUUUAAACUUACAGACAUCUGACGUGUACAAAGAUCCCAGGCUAUCAGAUUUAGGUGUUCGUAUACUUGUUCCAUCAUCAUCUAAUUUUGUGGCUUCUUUAAAGAAUUGUAAUAUUGCAUCAAGUUCGGAUAUUAGUUUUCGUCAGUUUCGCUACAGAUUAGGAAUAGGAGAGGGUGCUGAUGAAUUGCCCCCUGGAAAAUGUUUCCCUCAUGAAACUAAUUGCGAUUAUCUGCAUGGAAUAAGUUUUCACAAAGGGUGCUAUAUAGGACAGGAGGUAACAUCUCGGACUCAGCACACCGGAGUCGUUAGAAAACGUCUUAUGCCAUUAGAAUUCAUGGAAGGUGUUGGUGAUAGAUAUCCUUUUGAUUCGCCUAUCACUGAUCCUGAUAAAAACUCGGUGAUUGGUAAAAUACGAGGAGUUGAAUCUCCGUAUGGAAUAGCUUUAUUACGAAUAUCAGAAACAUUAGAGGCAAAAAGAUUAGAGAUAAAUGGAAUACCAGUACGUUCAAGUAGACCUAAUUGGUGGCCAAAGGAAGUUCCAAAAGAGAAAUUGAAUUUAGAGUGAUUUUAGAUGUUUGUAGCCUUGAAAAUAAAUUUCAAAUUAUUUAACUAUAAUUUCUUGCCAUUAUUGAAGACAUCUUUGAUAGGAGAGUGUAUUACAAAAAUUGAAGUUUAGAGAGAGCACUGAUCUUGACUUUAGCUAUGAUAAAUGUUAGUAACAACAUUUUUAGCUUGACUUUUUUAGGAGGAUAACGAACCAAAGUUGUUCUGUACUUUGAAUGAAUAUCAGCUUUAGAUACCUUUGUUAUCAAAAUGGAAUUUGAAAAUUUGUCUGAAAUGUGACUUGUGAUUUGAAACUUUUUUAGUCAGUUUUGUUCUUGAAAAAUAAAUUUGUUACUGUUUUAUAA